CAAUGUUUGAGAUGUUUAAGUGUUUCCACUUUCAAAUUCUAUAGAUCGUCUUCCUCGUCUUAUUCACUCAUUUUUCAUAGUUUCGUGCUUAUUAUUUGUUUCAUAGAAGAUUUUUUUAUUCAGCUAUUUUUAAUUUUUUACUUAAUUUUGUAUUGACGCUAUGCCGGCGUCCGAAUAUUCCAAAGACACUGACCGAACUACAGAUGUACAAACACACGAUGAGACACCUUUCAGCGCCAUUGUAACGGACCAUCCACUUAUACUGAAAGGUCUGUCUGACUGUGAGUUCAUAAAUGCUUCUCCAAUACAAGUUGCUGCUAUACCAACAAUCAUCGCAGGAAAUGAUACAAUAGUCGAGGCGAAAAAUGGAACUGGGAAGACAUUAACUUUUGUUAUACCAACUUUGAUGAGACUAAAAUUAGAACAAGAUCAUUUACAAACUAUUAUUUUGGCACCAACUCGAGAAAUUGCUGUUCAAAUACAACAGUGUUUCAAAAAAGUUGGACAGCACUUGCCAGGAUUGAAAUGUGAAUAUUUCAUUGGUGGUACUCCAGUUGAUGUUGACAAACAGAAAGCAAAAUACUGUCAAAUAGCUGUUGGUUCCCCAGGACGCAUCAAACAUUUACUCAAUGAACAUGUCUUAAAAUGUUCAGAAGUAAAAAGUUUUAUACUUGAUGAAGUUGAUCGAUUAUUUACUGAUAAAAGUUUUACAAAAGAUGUUAGAGUUAUUGAUGCUAAACUUCCAAAAUUAAAGCAAACAAUAGUUGUAAGUGCAUCAAUUGAUAAAAAUGAUAUGUCUAUAUUCGAUGAGUUCAUGAAAGAGUAUAUCAUGGUUAAGGGAGCAGAAGAAGAUAUGAAUGCAUUACAAGACCCAUCAAAGUUCCUAAUAGGUAUUAAACAGUAUGUAGCAUGUGUUAAAGCAGUCAGUACUAAUAUAAUAUUAUUACCUGCAAAGAAUGUACGACUUCUCAAUAUAUUGCAAAAUUUACCAUAUACUCAAUGUAUCAUAUUCACUAAUUACAUGACAAGAGUUGAAGCUGUUUGUAAUAUGCUACGUGACCAUAACUAUAAAGCAGAUUAUAUUAGAGGUGAUCAAGAUCAAAGUAUACGAUUGAAGUUAGUAGAUAGAUUAACUUCUUUUAAAUCAAAAAUACUCGUUGCCACGGAUUUGAUAGCCAGAGGAAUAGAUUCAUCUAAUGUAGACUUGGUGAUUAAUAUGGACUGUCCAAAUGAUUGGGCUACAUAUCUACAUAGAAUUGGCCGAGCUGGAAGAUUUGGAAACAAAGGAAAUGCUUUUACUAUUUUGGAUGAUGACAAAGAGUUAAAAACUUUUAAAAAUAUUAUUAACAGUAUUGAAAGUAUUAAAGUAAAAAUGUUACCGAUUGCAAUUACAAAACCUAUACUUGAAUAUGCAGACAAUGAGCUUGAAGAUCUUAAUUUAACGAUUGAACCUGAAAUGUUACCAGUCCAAGAUACUGAAAAUGAAAUAGCUAAAGAAAAUGGGAAUAAUGUAAUUGAAGAAAACUUAAAUAUGGAUAAUAAAAAUGAUUCUAUGUUUAGUCCUAAUGAUAUUGAAUCGAAUAUUAACAGCCUAUCUAAAAAAUGUCAACAACCAUCAGAUGAAAUAAAUUCUAUUUAUAAAUAUAGUUUAUCUGAAGAGGAAUCACUACAAAAACUUUGUGAUAUUGUUAAAGAAACUGAAAAAAAACUCAUUGAAGAUAACAUAGUUGAUAAAAAACAUUUAACUGAGGACAGAUCUUUUGUGUUAUUUGAUCCAGAACCUUUACUUGAGAUCACUGAUCAUUAUAUAAAAUAUAGUCCUGAUGAUCUGUUAGACAUCAUAACAAAUUAUGAUUCAGAUUUUGAGAAGUAUGAAGCUAAUAAGAAACUCAUGUUACAAAACUCUAAACUCCAAUCCGUUAGUGAAAAUGAACCCUCUAACAUAAAUCAAGUAUGUAAAGAUAAUGAUUUCAAAAAUAUAUCCAACACUACUGAUGAUAAAACAAACAAUAUAAAUAUAGAUCAGGCAUUACAGAUCCAUAAUAAAUCUCAAAUUAAUUGUGAAGACGAACAAUUUGUUAAUGAAGUAUGUUCAGAAAACAGUUUUUCAAAUGAAUCAAAUAUUGAUGGCACUAAAAUUGAUAUAAAUAAUAGUCAACGACUACGAUUCACAAACAUUUAUAGUUUAUUUCAAAUACCAGAUUUUAGCCUUUUAAAACCAAUACAGCAUGACAGUGAAUUUGAUCAUUCAAAAAAUGUAGAAGAAAGUGAUGUGUCAACAAUAAUAUGUGAAAAAGGUAGUGAAAAUGAAAAUUUGUUGGAAGAAGAAAAUUGUGAUGAAGAAGAAUACUGUGAUGAAGAAGAAUACUGUGAUGAAGAAGAAAACUGUAGUGAAGAAGAAUACUGCGAUGAAGAAGAAUACUGUAGUGAAGAAGAAUACUGCGAUGAAGAAGACUACGAUGAAGAAGAAUCAUGUGAUGAAGAAGAAUCAUGUGAAGAAAAAGAAUCAUGUGAAGAAAAAGAAUCAUGUGAAGAACAAUAUUCUCAUGAAGAUAAAUACUAUUUUAAACACGAAAAUGUUGAUGAAAAAGAAUAUUGUGAUAAUAAAAAUCAAUAUGAGGAAGAAAUUUAUUUAGAAGUACAAUUCGAGGAAAAAAUUAAAUUAGAAGCAAAAAAUAAAAGUUUUGAUGAACAUAUUACUAAUAAAAAUUGUUCUUAUGAUCAUCAUAACAGCCAUAGGAUAAAUUUAGUGAAAGACAACAAUAAAUCUAUACAAAAAACGCUUUGCAACAAUAUCCAAGAACAUAAUAUACAUAAAAGAGAAGAAGAAAAUAUUGGUAUCAAUGGUCAUCAAAUUGUAGACUAUGAAAUUUUAAAUGACUGGUAUAACCAAUGGAAAAAGCAAAUGAAUUGCAUACAGACAUUUGUCAGGAUGAGUAAGUGAUCGUCUGGUGUGAUAAGUCUUAAAUUCAAAAGAACUGAAUGAUACCUAUUUUGUUAAGUUUAAUUUUACUUUGUAUUAUAAUUUUAAUUUUAAUAUUUUAUGUUUUAGUAAAUCGGUAAUGUUCAUCAAUUUUACGUUUUGUGUAGUAAUAUAUUAUCACAAUUCACUGUAUAUAUAUAUAAUUUUUUUUAUAAACAAUAAAAC